AUCAAUCAAGGAGCGAUAUAUAGAUUCAUCACUUUCAAAACUCAUUUUUGGACCAACCCAAGAAAAGAAAAAAGGAAAGUCAUUUUAGAACUUCUCGUGGAGGGUCUUUCUUUCUUUCAAUACAGACAACAUGUCAAGAUCCACCGUCCCCGUCUUCUUGGCCGCCGUUCUUUUUCACUGUCUUCUUCUUCUUCUCCCCGGGGAAUCCCUGACCACCGCUUCCUCCGACGUGGAAGCACUUAAGGCAUUCAGAUCGUCCAUAGACACCGCAACCAUCGCCCCUUACUCCUGUUUGGGUUCCUGGAAUUUCACCGCCGGCGAUCCCUGUUCCCUCCCUCGACUCACCAACUUCGUCUGCGGACUCACCUGCUCCGGCAACCGAGUCACCCGAGUCGUCCUCGACGGGUUCGGUUACUCCGGCACUCUCACCCCUUUCAUAUCCAACCUCACGUACCUCAUCACUCUUAACCUGCAGAACAACAAAUUCUACGGGCCGAUUCCCGCCGCUCUGUUCUCCCUACCCAACCUCCAGCACCUCAUCCUCCGAGCUAACUCGUUCUCUGGCUCAGUCCCGCCCUCCAUCGCCAUGAUCAAAUCUCUGCAGCUCCUCGAUCUCUCCUCUAACUCGCUCUCCGGGUCGUUGCCGGUUUCCCUAAACUCGCUCUCCUCCCUGAUAAAGCUCGAUCUCAGCUUCAAUCGACUCACCGGGUCGAUCCCGCCGUUGCCCCCAACCCUAAUUGAAAUCGCAUUGAAAUCCAAUUCUCUCUCCGGGUCAUUGCAGAAAUCCUCAUUCAACGGGUUGACUCAGCUGGAGGUCGUCGAGCUCAGUAACAACUCGUUCGCCGGAGCGCUGGAACCGUGGCUCUUCCGUCUCCCGGCCCUACAACAGGUCACCUUGGCGAACAACCGAUUCACCGGUAUCGCCGUAGAGAGACCCGGAAAAGUUAACAGCGGUCUCGUCGCCGUCGAUCUGGGGUAUAACCGCAUCCAAGGCUACCUGCCGGAGAACUUCGCGUACUAUCCAUCUCUGUCGUCUCUCUCAUUGCGGUACAAUCGGCUGCGCGGAACCAUACCGCCGCAAUACGGGAUGCAGCCGUUGUUGAGGAGGCUGUUCCUUGACGGCAAUUUCUUGAAGGGGUCGCCGCCGGCGGGCCUUUUCUCGUCGGGUUGGCAUCACAAUGUCACCGGUAGCCUGGGGGGUAAUUGUCUGCAACAGUGCCCGCGAGAUUCGGAACUCUGCUUCAAACCUCAGAAGCCGGCGUCACGUUGCCGGGGUCAAAUCUAGCGUCCAACUCCAAAGUUAAAUGUCCAAAUUGGGCAUCACAAAGUCCAAUUCUUUUUCCAAAAAUGAUGGGGGCACCAAAAAUGUGAUAGCUAUUUUAGGAAAAUGUUCCGGAAACCCCAUUUAGGAUAUACCAAAUAUACACCAAGACAAAAAUAAGUAUACAGAGACCACAUUUUAAUGUCUUUCCACACAAAGACAUUAAUUUCUGUAUGUGCUUAUUUUUGACUUGUUGUGCAUUUGGUUUACACCAAGCGAAUCCAAGUGGGGUUCCUCAAGUACUCAUAGCUAUUUUAUCCUAAGUUUCUCACAAUUCACGGAGAUAAUAACUACCACAAUUAUUA